AUGGCAGCAGCAGCUCCUGGCGGCGACGCGCCCCUCCCUGUGCAUCCUAGCACUAAGCUACCUGUGGCGGUAGUAGGAGAUUCUGCUGCAGCGGAGAAUGAGUGUCGUCGGCCUUUGCCCGUCUUUGCCUCAGGCGACCCCCAACUGGAACAACGGUUGCUGCAGACCUUUGCUGCUCUUAGGAUGCCGGAAGAACAUCCCUCUCCAUCCACGGUUGCUGCUGCAAGUGGCCCUGCUGGCGGUGAAGACGUGGAGCACCCUGGAUCUCCAGUUGCUGCUGUCGUGCCUGGUGAGGGUCCGCCGGCCACAGGGCAGACAGAAGCAGGUUCUGCUGAUGCUUCGGCGAUGGUGGUCACACAGGGAGAAGCGUUAACAGCAAGGGGAGCACCAGCAGCAACCACAACAACACAAGUUGCAGGUACAGUUGCUAGCAGCAGCAGCAGCAGCGUCCAGGCGGAUUCGGCCGUUCUUAGUGAACAGCCAGCGGGACGAGCUUCCACAGAAGGAGCAACCACUGCAGGAGGAGAGGCGGGGGCAGUAGAAGCAGCAGCACCAGCAGCAAGCGUAGGAACCCAAGCAUCCGCGUCUGCUGCAACAACACGUGGGCGCAGGGUGGGGGAGGAGCAAGAGAUUGCGUUGCCUAGGCGCCCUGCUACAGCUCGAGGGGAGUCCCCUGGGGCUUGCAGUGAGGCUACGGAUAGCACGCAUUGUACGGAGACCUUCGAAGGCGUGCGGCCCCCCCCAUUUGGAAACUGGAGGUAUUACUCACUUGCUGAUGUCCCUGAUGAGGCAAUGAGCGUUGCAGCCAUGAGGAGGGCCUGCCAACAAAUGCUUCAGCAGCUGCGACGUGUCGCUGCUGCUACGGAGGCAGGCACUGGUGCUUCUUUGUCCGCUCUCGACCCGGCGGCCUCUGCGGCCAGACCUGUGGCUGGUAGUCCUGCGGCCUCUACAGAGACGGCAGCAACAGCAGAGGAGGAGCCAGAAGACCCCCGAGUCCAUUUGGGGCCGAGGAGACGGGCUCCUCGGUCCCAUACCACAGGGGCAGCAUAG